GUACAUCAGUGAUCUUCCAAGCUGCCCAGCUGCAGGAAACUGUCCCUGAGUGGACGGAUUAGAUCUUUGGAGAACAGUUUCGGACCGAUCUGAUGCGCUCCUGACUCCUAUUCUACAGGUAAUCCUUCAUCUGGAAACAUCCUCCUCUCCUCUCAGCUUAUUGGAUCUUUAUUUUGUAGAGGCUGUGCGCACAUUUAGACUCAUGAGUAAGCAAACUGAUCAGUAAGGAGGAAUGAAAACGGCGGAUUUUUUCUUUUUUCACCCUCAUAUCUUCAAAAUACCACACAUCACGGUGCGCGUUUGUGUCUUCAGUGGGAGUGUUUCCACGCAGCAUUAGCCCCCUUGUUGAUUUUUUGUUGCGCUUUUGUCACAGUGCGACCACCUGCGCUUGAGAACCAACCGGCACAAGGCGGUGGCUGUCCAGGCGCACGGAGCUGCAAUAAAAAACCCAGAAGAAGCUGAGCGCAUCUGUGCAUCUACACCCUGCUACAAAGCCAUGUCGACCGCCGGGGAAGUGCCAGCCUUCUUCAAGAGCAUGGGCUCCGACAGCCCGGCCAGGCCCAGGCAGAAAUUCUGUGGCAUGUUCUGCCCGGUGGAAGGAUCCUCGGACAGCAAGACGCUGGACUUUGACGCGCUCUCGGCGUGCAGAGGGAAGAGCGACGGCAGAGUCAUUGACCGGCAGACCGACAUCUCCCAGCCGAGGAAGGUGGAGAUCCGGGAGAGCACCGGGAAGGAGGCUCUGCAGAAUCUGGACGACAAACGGAGUGACCGUCUCCUGAUCAAAGGAGCCAAGAUCGUGAACGAUGACCAGUCGUUCUGCGCUGACAUCUACAUGGAGGACGGAGUCAUCAAACAAAUUGGUGAAAACCUCAUCGUUCCGGGUGGGGUGAAAACCAUCGAUGCUCACGGUCGCAUGUUGAUGCCGGGUGGCAUCGACGUCCACACGCGUUUCCAGAUGCCCGACCGAGGCAUGACGGCCGCCGAUGACUUCUACCAGGGAACCAAAGCUGCCCUGGCCGGAGGAACCACCAUGAUCAUCGACCACGUGAUUCCUGAACCCGGCAUCAGCCUCAUCUCGGCCUUCGAGCAGUGGCGCGAAUGGGCCGACAGCAAGUCCUGCUGCGACUACUCGCUGCACAUCGACAUCACCGAGUGGCACAAAGGAAUCCAGGAGGAGAUGGAGACGCUGGUGAAGGAUCACGGUGUCAACUCUUUCCUGGUCUACCUGGCUUAUAAGGACAUUUUCCAGCUUACUGACUCUCAGGUAUACGAGGUCUUCAGUGUGAUCCGCGACCUCGGAGCCAUCGCCCAGGUUCACGCCGAGAACGGGGACAUCGUAGCCGAGGAGCAGCAUAGGAUCCUGGAGCAGGGAAUCACCGGACCCGAAGGACAUGUUCUGAGCCGUCCUGAGGAGGUGGAGGCGGAGGCCGUAAACCGCUCAGUGACUGUAGCCAAUCAGACCAACUGUCCUCUGUACGUCACCAAGGUGAUGAGCAAGAGCGCUGCUGAUGUCAUCGCUCAGGCCAGGAAGAAAGGUACUGUGGUCUAUGGAGAACCGAUCACUGCCAGUCUGGGAACAGAUGGUUCACACUAUUGGAGCAAGAACUGGGCCAAAGCCGCCGCUUACGUCACCUCCCCUCCCCUCAGCCCCGACCCGACCACACCAGACUAUCUCAACUCUCUGCUGUCCUGUGGUGACCUGCAGGUGACAGGAAGUGCACACUGUCCCUUCAACACUGCACAGCGUGCUGUUGGCAAAGACGACUUCAGUUUGAUCCCGGAAGGCGUCAACGGCACCGAGGAGAGGAUGUCCAUCAUCUGGGACAAAUGUGUGGUGACGGGUAAAAUGGACGAAAACCAGUUUGUGGCAGUGACCAGCACCAACGCCGCCAAGAUCUUCAACUUGUACCCCAGAAAGGGUCGCAUCGCCGUGGGGUCGGAUGCCGAUCUGGUGCUCUGGGACCCAGACCUGACGAAGAUUAUCUCGGCCAAGAGCCACAACUCGACUGUGGAGUACAACAUCUUUGAAGGCAUAGAAGUUCGUGGUGGUCCUCUGGUGGUCAUCAGUCAGGGGAAGAUUGUCCUGGAGGAGGGAAACCUUCACGCCACUGAGGGUUCGGGACGCUAUGUGGCCCGCAAACCUUUCCCUGACUACGUCUACAAGAGGAUAAAGGCUCGCAGCAGGUUGGCUGAGCUGAGGGGUGUUCCCAGGGGACUGUACGACGGUCCAGUCUGUGAGGUUUCGGUCACCCCUAAAACCAUGACUCCUGCCUCCUCGGCUAAAACUUCGCCUGCCAAGCAGCCCAACCAGCCGGUCCGCAACCUGCACCAGUCUGGAUUCAGCCUAUCUGGUGCUCAGAUCGACGACAACGUUCCUCGCCGGAACACCCAGCGCAUCGUGGCGCCUCCAGGCGGCCGGGCCAACAUCACCAGCCUGGGUUAGAGCUCCGUUCUCGGCUGCUGAGGAGGAGAUGGAGAUCUGUGGACGGAUGGACGGCCGACGGGAGCUGCAGGGAUCAAGAAACCAAAACUGGGGAGACGAACCCAGUCACAGCACCUGAGCGGGUCGUCUGUCAGCCUCCAUCUUUCACGUCCUCCUUCGCUGUUUUUCACCCACUUUCCCCUAAAACCUGAUCCUAGAGGACACAGUUAGAAACAACAACAACAAAAAGGUCUGCCUCAUAUGAUGACAAAAAAAGCAAAAACAAAAAAAAAAGUAACACUCCUUAUUUGAGCACUUUUGACGGCAUUAUUUUGUUUUUUUAUACUGUACUUUCUCCCUGCCAUGUAUCCUUUGGAUGUUUUGCUUUGCUGUUGUUUUCACUGAGGGGUCAAGUGAAUCAAUACAGUUAAGAAAAGAAGAUCAAGUUCAUGCAGGAUGUCUGUUGUAUUCUCCAUUCUUUCUUUUUACAUUUCGGGAGCAGUUGAUAUGGAGUAUGGGUACCAAACUAGUAUGAUUCUCCUGUUUUGUUCAUUCUGUCAAAUAAGCCAAACGAUUUAAUACUUCCUUCAAGCUGAUCUUUGAUUUGUGUUAUGUUGCUUUCCUCUCUGGUGGAUCUGUCACUCACCGCAUCCAUCGAUAUUUAAUCGAUUAUUCGCCACAAGGACGGCCUUAAGGUUGGAGAAAUUGAACACAGUUGCAGCUUCGUGAAGGCACAUUCAUUGUGAGUCGGCUGGAGAGUCAAGAAGGAGCUUUGGCAGGUAGAAAAUAGAGCUUUAGAUCGCCGUUAAGUGGUAGAAUAAGAGGAAGAGAGGAAAAAGAAAGUUGUAGUGUCACUUCAGCCUUUCCUUGCCUUACUGUCUCUUAACGCCGUCCUCUUAGAGAAGCGUGGGGAAGGCGAUUUCCACAACGCAGCUACACAUUUUCCGCUUUCUUUGCAUUCCUGUGAAUCACAAAAAGGUCCAAAUUUGUGAUGCCGAGAGCAUCCGUCCAUCACCGACCAGUGCAUUUACGUACAGAAUGUCUUUCUCCUCCUUCUCCUAAAUGUGACUGUUUUCUACUCAUCACAAUCCCUCUUUUCCUUUCUACUCUUUACGUGCCUGAACCCACAGAAGUUGUACUGAUAGUUUGAUUAUGUUUUGUUGUUUUUUUGUUCGAGGUAAGUGAAGGAUGUAAGAUAUAAAAAAAAGAAAAACACUAGAAAAAAGAAAAAUGUAAAAUAGCCAGGAUUAACCGAUUCAAAGGUGCCAGAUUUUGCGCUUUCGUAGGGCCUAUCCUGCCGAUAGAGCCCCUCUGUAAAGACGAAAAAUGCUCGAUAUCUUGAAAUGUUCUAAUGUUUUAGAGUUUCUAAACUUGUUGUCAAACUGCUUUUUAGUGUCAUUCUGUAACUAGGUGCCUAAGGGCUGAGCACUAUUGAUUUUACGCUUGAAAGUAGACAUGAGCUAAUGUACUUCUGACUAGUGUGCAGUGUUGAUGUGCGAGGGAUGGGACACGCACAGCAGGCUCAAUGCUUACGGUUGUGGACGCUCUUGUUUCUUUCUUUUCUUUUCUUUUUUUUUGUUGUUGCAUAAUCUGGUUUCCAUUAAGCCAAGACGAGCCGAUUACCUUCAAGGUGUUGGCCAUCAGUUACCAUCGUUCUUCCCCAGUACACUAUGGACACAACCAGGGACCAGUUAUAUAAAAGUAGAUUAUCAUUCAAAUUCUUAGAGUAAUAAUCCAUUAACGCCAUUUUAUCCCCCCAAAAAGUUGGCUUCAAAGUUAGUCUUUUUUAUGCAGCUGGCCCCUCACUCAAAUACAUACCUACUUUUCCAGACCGCUUUGAAAUCUAACAUAAAUUCUGCUCUUUUCAUCGUCAACAAGGUGAUAAUUCAACUUUAUGUUUAACACUGGGGUCGUAGCAGUUAGUCGUGCUCAUGCACUAGACCGCAUUACAUUUAAAAGUGUUCCUAAUAUACUGAUUGUGGAUGAAAUAUUAAGAAUGUAUUUAAUUAUAAUGCACACCCACCACCUAUUAUGACAAGAACAGCACUAUUAAUAGGCAUUUUAGUAUUCUAGAUCAAAAAACUAGCCAAAAAAAAGCAAAAAUUCAGCCAAAAUGGCUGCCUAAUUAGCAAGUCUUAGCUUGUUUUGGUAAAGAAAAAGCAGCAUGCCAUGAAGUCAGCCACAAAUUAGAAAGUAUGCAGACUACAUAGAGUAAACAGUGCAAACUUUUUAGAGAUAAGAGCAGGCAGAAAUCUUAAUUAAUGCAAUGCCUCCAUGUAUAUUGCAUAAAUUGGGGUAUAUUACAGCUGAUAAAAGCACAUCAGGCUGCCGUGAAUGUAAAUAUAAAGCGGAAUUAUCACCUUUAUGACAACAAAUUCUGAAAAUGUGGAAUUUAUGGUGGCAUUAGGUUUGAUUAGAGACACACAAACUGCUUCCCAGCCUCAUAGUUUCAGGCUUCUUCUCCCUCUGAGGGAACCAGAAGCCUGUAGAAGGCGAAGUCUGUCAGCGUUGCGAAUGGUUAAUGUAUUUAAAGAAUCCCAGAUGCCGUGGAGAAGGGGGGAGGAUGUAACAAAUGCACAUCUCUGAUGCAUUCGAAGAUGACAUGAGAUAUGAAUGGGGGGGAUCACUUUACAGAUCACCCAACAAGGGUUUUUUUUCUGUCAGUCAGGAGUGGUGCUUCACCAUUUGCCUGCACUGGAGUUCACUCACUGAAGUUUCCUGUUUAUUUAUUCCUUCAUCUACUCAAUCCUGUUGCUGCUUGUUUUUUUUUUUUUUUAAAUUCAUUUAUUAUUGCUGCUAAACUAAACCUGCACUCGGCGUAGAAGAAAGUGAAAUCUACUAACACAGUUUGGCAGCAACAGUUUACUUCCCCUCCCUCCCCCUAUACUUCCCUCCCGCCCCGGGGCCCUUUUGGUUGUUUCUGUCCGUUGCUGUGGCGACAGACCCCUCCACUCUCCCGAGGGUUCUGCUUUUUUUGUUUGUCAUGGCAACGCUUGUCAGAUCCGAGGUUGCCGUUAGCAACCCAUCCCCGACCCGGUGCUAUUAGCACAGCUUUUGUCUGCGCACACACUCACACAGCAGGUUUUUUUAAUUAUUCUAUUACGGCACUGUAGCAUUUCUGCAUAAUCCAGAAUCCCAUAGCUCCCGAAAACAAUCUGUUGGGAGUUAAAAAAAAAAAAAAAAAAGUGCACUGCAGACUACAGCAGAAACAAAUUCACUUGGGUGUUAAACGCCAGCUGUCAGACCUGGCAAACCCUCGCCGUGUCCCAUGCCUCCUCAGUUCACACACAGACACUAAAAAACACACGCUUAUACUCCUUUAACGCUCUGUCAGCUUGGAUGCUUUUUCUAUGCCAUAUUAUGCUAAUGAUAUAUGAGUGAUAUGUAUAACGUGCUGCAGACUGAGAGGAGCUUCCUGAUGCUGUUGAAACACCUUCUCCCCCGCCCUCGUCCGUCGCCCCUCUGUAAGCCUCCCCCCUCACCCUCACCUCCCGCCUCACCCCUCUUCUUCUUUGUGAAAGUGAAACCGUGUGAUGGUAUUUUGUCUUUGGUGGCUGUGGGGUUUUUUUCUGGGAUGCUGCUUGCUCACUACGGAUCCCAACGGAUGGUGAUGUAAAAUGAAAAAAGAGAAAAGAAAAAAAGAAACAAACAAGGACUUCAAAGAAUUAAACACAAAAAAAGAGGAAAUAAAAGGAGUCAAAUCUC